ACCUUCCAUUCAUCCCCAUCAAAACACAAGCAAAUCCUAAAAAGUUGAUUGAGAUAUAUAGAAACUAGCUUCAAUUUCACAAAAUGAAGAAAGUGUUUGUCACAUUUUUAGCUGUGCUAGUUGUAUUUGUUCUUACAGCGAAAGCUUCAGAGGCACGACUACCAGUUAAAACAAAUUCAGCAUCAAAUGACUACAAUUGUUCACAAGUCUAUAACCUGUUAGUUUCGUGCGUAGAUUACAUGAUUGGUGGAGAUGAUGGUGCCCCUUCAGGUGUUUGUUGCCAAAGUGUUAAUGCAGUGAAAGCAUCAGCACCAACACAAAUUCAACGAAUGGCUGCAUGUAAGUGCUUUUUCGACGUAGCAACUCGCCUUCCUUCCUUGCUCGAAAACAAGGCCAAUUCACUUCCUAAAUUAUGUGGUGUUGAUUUGGGUUUUAUCAUGAGCAAGCAGAACACCAAUUGUAACAAUGUUCCUGUAAGCUCAAGGCAAGGGAGAGAUUAGUACAAUAAAAUUGAUGCAUGUUUGGAAGUUUCUUUCUUCUUGAAAAAAGAAAAUAAAAUGGUUUGUUGAAUAUACAAGCGUUUCAUGUUGGAAAUAAUAAUGAGUGGAUAUUUUCUAAA